AUGCCUUCUCCUCACGGUGGUGUGCUACAAGACCUUAUUAAGCGUGACGCUUCUAUCAAGGAAGAUUUGUUGAAGGAAGUCCCUCAGCUUCAAAGUAUUGUGCUAACUGGUAGACAACUCUGUGAUUUAGAGUUAAUCCUAAAUGGAGGUUUCAGUCCUUUGACAGGAUUUCUGACCGAGAAGGAUUAUCGCUCCGUUGUUGACGAUUUGAGACUCGCCAGUGGUGAUGUUUGGUCUAUUCCAAUCACCCUGGACGUCAGCAAGACCGAGGCUAGUAAGUUCCGUGUCGGCGAAAGAGUGGUGUUGAGAGAUCUUCGUAACGACAAUGCUCUGAGUAUUCUGACCAUCGAGGAUAUAUACGAACCUGAUAAGAACGUUGAGGCUAAGAAAGUCUUCCGCGGUGAUCCAGAACACCCAGCUGUCAAGUACCUCUUUGAUGUUGCCGGUGAUGUGUAUAUUGGUGGCGCUUUGCAAGCUCUACAAUUGCCUACUCAUUACGACUACACCGCCCUGAGAAAAACGCCAGCCCAAUUGAGGUCUGAGUUUGAGAGCCGUAAUUGGGACCGUGUUGUCGCUUUCCAAACCCGUAACCCAAUGCACAGAGCACACCGUGAGUUGACAGUUCGUGCCGCCAGAGCUAACUUGGCCAAUGUCCUGAUUCAUCCAGUUGUUGGUCUGACGAAACCAGGUGACAUUGACCACCACACUCGUGUCAAAGUUUACCAAGAGAUCAUUAAGAAGUAUCCAAACGGUAUGGCUCAGUUGUCCCUGUUGCCAUUGGCUAUGCGUAUGGCUGGUGACCGUGAGGCUGUUUGGCAUGCUAUCAUCCGUAAGAACUACGGUGCUUCACACUUCAUUGUUGGACGUGAUCACGCUGGACCCGGUAAGAACUCCGCUGGUGUUGACUUCUACGGACCUUAUGAUGCACAGGAAUUGGUAGAGAAAUACAAAGAUGAGUUGGACAUCCAAGUUGUUCCUUUCCGUAUGGUUACUUAUCUUCCAGAUGAGGAUCGUUACGCUCCAAUUGACACAGUCAAGGAGGGUACCCGUACCCUAAACAUUUCGGGAACUGAGCUGCGUAAACGUCUCAGAGAUGGUACCCACAUUCCAGAAUGGUUCUCUUACCCAGAAGUCGUUAAGAUUUUGAGAGAAUCCAAUCCACCUCGUCCAAAACAAGGUUUCACUUUGUACUUGACCGGAUUGCCAAACUCCGGAGUUGACGCCUUGUCCAACGCUUUAGUUGCUACAUUCAAUCAAUUCGAAGGCGCCCGCCACAUUACUCUGCUAGAUGGCAAGAACGUCAACGAAUCCGCAUUGCCAUUUGUUGCCCAUGAGUUGACACGCUCUGGGGCUGGUGUCAUCAUUGCUGACCCUACCAAGGCUCCUUCCGCUGCUGAGAUUGAUUCUAUUCGCAAGGAAGUAUCCAAGGCGGGCUCCUUUAUCGUGAUUUCAUUGACUACUCCUUUGAAUCAAGUCUCUCAGCAUGAUCGUAAAGGAUACUACUCCACUUCUCGUAAAGAUGUUGACAACUACGUUUUCCCAGAAGAUGCUGAGAUCAAGAUCGACUUGGCCAAAGAAGGUGCCAUCGUUGGUAUCCAAAAGGUGGUCUUGUAUUUGGAAGAACAGGGGUUCUUCCAGUUCUAG